GAUACACUUUUGUUGUAAACAGUUUGCAUGACUCAAACUUAGCGAGUCAGUUUAGUAAGGGAUGUCAUUUUUUGUUUAUUAUUUUGAAUUUUUUAAUUUGUUUUCUUCACUACUCAACAAUCAUUUGUAAUCUUACUUUUAAAACUUUUACUGUGUAAAUUCUUUUACUGUAUAUUGACUUGUGCUCUCAUAGUUUGUAUACUUAAAUGUCUUCAGUGACUACGCCUGUGUUGCCAACUCUUGAACCUUACCGAAGAUUAGCAUUACGUCUCGCCUCAUCAACCGGCACAUCCCAGUCAUCGUCUAUCUCAUUAUUGGAAGAAAUACGUGAUGUCUGUCUUACUCUGUCUCUCUGUGAACAAGACUAUAUUAUUGAAAGUGAAAUGCAAAGGUUAAUCGAGAAGAUUACCAAAUAUAUCAGAGUUAACCGUGAGCUGGAUGAGCGGAUUGAGGAGAUUGAUGAGAACAUUGGUCUUCUAAUCCGUAAUUCAAGAUUAACAAUGAGCAUGGAAGCUUUAGCAGAAAUGAAGUCUAUGGCAAUCAGCGGAUCUAGAAGAAAUAAACGUAGUGGAGAAGCAAGAAAAUGGACAGCUUUCGAUAUUACAAGAUUUUACCAAGGCCGCUGUUCUAAACUCAAAUGUUAUUCUCACCUAUUUUAUGCUUUACAAACACAGCCCCGGUAUCUUUCACGUUUACUGUUUGCAGUUCCAACCUUUCAAGUCUCAUCAUUCUUCAAAAAUUGUAUAUACUCAUUGUUUUUCUGUGAACCAGGAGAACGAGAGAUUUAUCUCUUAUGUCGACUACUUCAAGAAGCUCUUAAAGAAGAGGUUACUCAUAAGAUAACCAAAGCAAAUUAUAUUAUUGAUGGUGACCCUAUGAUUAUAACAAUAGCAUUGGACUGUCAUCGCGCUCAUCGACAAGCUUUAUUUGAUCUACUUCAGCCUGUGAUAUUAGACAUUGUUUCUCUGAAAGAGCCAUUCCUUUGCCUUGAUCCGGUCUCCCUUCACAAAGAUCGUUUUAAUCUUACUGGAGCUGACUCACUGGAAGAUAAAAACCUUCAAGAUAUUUCAAUUGAACAAGCCUUGAGUGAUAAUCAAGUUAGAAUUCAACUUGCCCAUAACAUUCCUCACAUUGUAAAAACCUGUGGUCGGUUAAUCGAUACAAUGGUCUCGCCUGAAUUUAUCGAUCUCAUUCCAUUUGGACUCAAGUAUAUAUGUAAAAGUUUAGACUCAUUUCUCGCAGAAAAAUUAAGUUCCCUUAAUGAACCUUAUGGUGAAGAGGAAAGAAUCAAAGUCAUUUCUAACGUAAUUUUCACGCGCUGGAUUCGUCCCUGUAUACUUUUCCCUGAAGCUUAUUUAACCAAUAUGAGGGAAAAUGAGAAACGAACCAGUUUGGUAUCUCGCCGAAACCUUAAUGGCGUUUAUAAAAUUUUACAAGCAGCUGUCAACGGAAAAAGAGCAUUUACAUUCUCUCCAAUGGUAUCACAAUCUACUGUGAUGAUUGAAGAAACUGCACAAUUGGACAGCUUCUUAGGACAAUCUUGGUUUCAACUGAAGCGUUUAGUAGACUCAAUUUGUUGGGUCGAUGAUAUUUCUGAUAUCUUCUUUUUCAAUGAAUUUUCUGAUGAGGCUAAUCUCAAGCCACCAAGCAUCAUGCUUUGUUUUCAAGAAAUAAUGGAAUCUCAUGCUAUCUUACAUAGGUAUCAAAAUGAUAUCGCUCCUAAUGAAAGUGAUCCACUUGAUGUCGAAUUUCGCUUACUUAUGGAAGAAUGUGGUCCGCCUCCCCAAGAUAUCCGAACGUUUCUUGGCUGUGAUUCUAGUUAUGUUGAAAAUGUUGGUCAAGACGAAUUGAUGAAUACUGAAGUCUCCUUACCUCUGAGAUGUCGAGCUAUCAAUGAUACUGAUGUGACUUCGAAUGCUACUAUAAAAGUGAAACAAGCUCUUCUUGAAUUGAUAAGACAAAGGCCAAAUUGUAAGGAUUUGAACCAAGUUUUAUUUCGUAAAGUGGAGGAUGAAGAAAAUGCCUGUUACGUUCUUUACAAAAAUUCAAUCAAUUGGGUUCUUCCUCAAGAGCUGAAGAAACAUUCAGUAAUAUUUAGUCCGCUUGGAAAUGAUUUAUGUACUCUUUUGGACUUCGCCAUUCAAAACAUGAGACACACUGAGGCAAGGAGUUUUGAUGAAAUUCUGGUCAUGAUAACAAACGAUAUUAUCAACAAGCUUCAAUAUCGAAACCAUAGAUAUGCAAAAAUGAUUAACUUGGAGGAAACAUUGAAUACUUUGAUCACAAAACGUGAACAUCUCCAGGAAAUCAGUCAAUGCUAUGAAAAAUAUUUAAACAAGUGUAAAGCUAGUUACCGGUUAUCUCCUGUUUUGGAAAGAAUUUCUACAGCCGAUGGAAAUGAUUCCAAACCAUGUUUAAGUUAUUCUGCGCUUAAGCUAAAGAAAAAGGGAAUCUUAAUUUCAAUGGGAGACUGUAAAAAAUCUACAUUGAAAAGAGUCAAAUUUGAACUAUCACCAUCAUCUGAGUCAACUCUAUCAAUUGAAUUACGAAUUUUAGAACGUGAUAAUGAAUUUGGUAAAAUCAAGUUGGACUUUCAAUACCUUUUAAAGUUACAAUAUGAUGGAUAUAAUGUUGUUAAUUUAUUAGGUAGAGUUAAUAUGAAUGUCCCCCAUUUACUCUAUCUAAUCAAUAGCAAGUUUUAUUUGCGAAAAAAUUGAUCAAUCAAUUAGCAUUCAAGAAAAAAACACUCAACAAUAGCAUUAGAAAAUUAAGACAAUGAACGAACAGUUUUAACAGCUUGAAUAUUCUAUUGCUGUCUCCACUUAUUUGAUUAUGCUAAAUCACAAGAAUUGUAUUAUUGAUAUUCCUCUAUUAUUGUGCUUUUAUUUUUUUGUAUCAUACUCUGGCAUCUAAUCAUUUUCACCUUCAUAGCUAUUACCAUCGAUACAUUGCUCUCUACAUUGGUUCGUUUCUGCAUUGCAAUCAAUUCACACCUUUUCAGACAUUUUGAUUUAUAUACAUCUCAUAAUCAACUGUAUUUUUGCAUUUGUUAUCUUACUCCAAUCUACUUUAUUGAAAUAUUUUUCCUUACCAUGACUUCUUCCUUCAGUCAACUUUAAAUUUGAAUUGUUAUUAUUUUCUA